CAUCGUAUCGGGCGCCUCCAGCAGAGGUGGGGAACAAACGACGGCAACUGUCAUUUGAAAUUCGUAAAAAACGCAAAUUUAGUUACAGCAAUCAUGUACACAGAUGAUAAUAAUUCUGAUAAAGAAAGCGAGUUCGAAGACAGAAGCCCGGAGGACAGUCCAAAUAUCACAAAGAAAUCUUUAUCAACCGUUGGUUUUAGAAAUAAUCCAGAAAACCAAAAUGCAAGGCCUCUCGCCCUGCGGGCUACGCAAUCCUUCACAGGAGCCGUCGAGGAGCUCAGGUUAUGUGGAAAUUUUCAAAGAAUAAAUUUAUGUAAUCGAAUGAACGUUAUGUCAGCACCGAAAAUAGCGACCGUGUGUCCGUGUGGCUGCCUUCUGCGGCCUGCCACCACGGGCCCCUUCAGGACGAGGGAACAGAACACACUGGCGCUCCACGUCGUAUCUCCCGAGGUGCUCAGCUAUCAUGGCUACUGUUUCGAGCCCAGCCAAAUUGCAAUGUUUUGGAAAAAGGACUGCAGGAUGUUCCUAUGGAAGGGCAAAGCCAAGAUGAAGAACGUAAUACACGCAGAUUCGUACAGAAAAUGAUAAUAAUAUAAUUAUUCUUGGAACUUUUUCUAGUUAUUAAAUUUGAUCAACCAUGCUUUUAUAUUUUAAUACAUGAAAUUUAAAGAGUUAUA